AUGACUUCAGGGCCCGAAAAUGGUUUCUACUCGUCGGGCCAGUUUAUGAAUCCAGGUCCAGCACCUCGUCCCCCUACCGAUCGACCUCGACAUCUGGAGUUGCAGCGCUCAACUACCUCGAUACCGACGAGCACCUUUGAGUCCAUGUCUUUGGGAGGAGGCCCCGCUUCGCCAGCCAUCAGCACUCCAAGUGCGCCCUACUUCUCCAACGGCAGCUCUCUAUCAUUGUCAACGAAUGGAAAACCCUCGGGCCCGGUGACGAUCAUCAAGGAAGGCCAUGUGCGCUGCAAAGAAGACAAAUUCCUCGCGCAAUGGAACCAACGAUACCUGAUUCUCCGCGAGUUCAGACUGGAUUUCUUGAAGAGUGAGAAUGGAAAGCUCAUGCAGUCCAUCCAACUGAAUACCGUGACGGGGGUGACUCGUUCUGAGGAGACCCGGAUGGCCUUUGAGAUCACCCGCAUUGCAAAUCCCAAAGAUGCUGGUGGUAAAAUCAUCAUGGCUCGUGACAUGCCAACCCGGACAAUCACCUGUGAAGUCCGGAGCGACGACGAGAUUUAUGAUUGGAUCGACAAAAUAUACGAGCGGUGCCCAGGCAUGGGCGGUGUGAGUAACCCUACAAAUUUCAGCCAUCGUAUCCAUGUUGGCUUUGACCCUCAAACAGGUGGCUUUGUUGGAUUACCACAGGAGUGGGAGAAACUGUUGAACAAUUCCGCUAUUACAAGAGACGAUUACAAGAAAAAUCCUCAGGCCGUCAUUGAAGUUUUACAAUUCGUUUCAGACCAGAAGAUGCGUGAGCAGCACCCCGAGAUGUACACCCCCGGCAUGGUCACUCCCCCAGCUACACAGCCGAAUAAACAACUUGGAUACACGACAGGGGGCAAUAGUGUUGCUCCUCCAAGGCCAGCACCACCCACAGAUGCGCAACGAUAUAAUUCUAAUCAGUUCAUCAACAAAUAUCAGGAAGGACCUUCCCGGAUAGGGACUCCCCCCAGUAAACCGCCCUUGCAACGGGCCCAAACAGAUAAGGGUGGAUACGACAUGGAGGCUGAUGCCGCCCGGAUUAAAGCCAUCGCCAUGGAAGAGCAAAAGCGACGUCAGAUGGAGGCGGAAGCGAAGCGGGCAAGAGAGGUUGAAAGACAGAGGGAACAGGAGCGAGAAGAUAUGGAGCGCAGCCGCAGAGAGCAAGAAGCUUACAACGCUUCGUUACCGAAGACACGCCCACCGUUAGCCCAGCAGGAGAUCGGAGGGUACGGGGGUGGCCCUGAUCGUGGGCCUAACAGACAAGAUCCCAGAUACAACCCCGCGAGGGCCGCUCCCAGUGCUCCCCAGCAAUCAUCCUCCGGGUCGGCAAGGCAAAAUCCCACUGCACAAAGACCGGCUCCUUCUGCUCCGACCAGCAGCUCCCAAAAGUCCAUUCCCCAGUCACUCUCUUCCAGCCAGACUUCGUUACGAUCACCAGAGAGCAGAGAGCGUGAUCGUCAACCUUCACCAAAUGCCAGAUAUCCUCCAGAUGAAGUAUCCCGGAAGGAUAACACAACCAAGCCACAAACCAACGGCGUCAAUGGACAAUCUGCGAGUCGGUCGCAGGGAUCUGUACAGCAGCCCAAACCUCUCAAUGUCGCCAAACAGCCACAAGCAAAACCUGCGGCUGACCCUCGCAAAGAGGCCGAGAUUGCAUUGACAGCGAAGAAGCCAGUCGAAGAGCGAGCCAAGGAAGUCCGGAUGUCGAGCAUGAGCGAGAGCGAAGUCAUGGCCAAGCUCAAGCAGGUGGUGUCCAAAGACAAUCCUUUGGAGUCAUACAGCAAACAAAAGAAGAUUGGUCAAGGCGCGUCUGGUUCGGUGUACGUUGCCCGAGUCAAGGAAAGUGCAACAUCGGCUGUUGCGCGUGAAAUAUACCGCACACAUGGCCCUAAGGGCCAGGUGGCGAUCAAGCAGAUGGAUCUCCGCAAUCAACCUCGCAAGGAGCUGAUCGUCAACGAAAUCAUCGUCAUGAAAGAUUCCAAACAUCCAAAUAUUGUCAACUUCCUCGACUCUUUCCUCCAAGAACAGAACAACGAGCUGUGGGUGGUGAUGGAGUUCAUGGAGGGUGGUGCGCUUACAGAUAUCAUCGACAAUAACCCAGUGAUCACCGAGGAUCAGAUUGCUACAAUCUGCUACGAAACCUGCAAGGGUCUCGCUCACUUGCAUUCUCAAGACAUCAUUCACCGAGACAUCAAGAGUGACAAUGUGCUGCUCGAUCGUGUGGGUAAUGUCAAGAUCACCGAUUUUGGGUUCUGUGCUAAGCUCACCGAGUCAAAGAGCAAACGCGCGACGAUGGUUGGGACACCCUACUGGAUGGCGCCCGAGGUUGUGAAGCAAAAGGAGUACGGACCCAAAGUCGACAUUUGGUCUCUGGGCAUCAUGGCCAUCGAGAUGAUAGAAUCGGAGCCGCCAUAUCUUAACGAGGAGCCCCUCAAGGCAUUGUUCUUGAUCGCGACCAACGGCACACCGCGGUUAAAGAACCCCAAUAAACUAUCACGGGAGCUGAAGGCAUUCCUCAGUGUCUGUCUCUGUGUCGACGUCAGGAGCCGCGCCAGUGCCGACGAAUUGCUGCGGAACGAUUUUAUGCGCAUGGGCUGCAGUUUAGCAAGUCUAAGCGAACUUUUGAAAUGGCGAGAAAAGGGUCGACAAUGA